AUGACUGUCGAACACAACUCAAGCACACUCGUCCCAGAGUUCAACUCACAAUCCAAAGAUCUACCAAGGCAAUUAGCUGAUAAGUGUCCAGCUAUCAUCAAAAAAUUCGAACAAGCUUACGAUGCUAAGCCAGACUUUGUCUCAAGAUCCCCAGGUAGAGUCAACUUAAUUGGUGAACAUAUCGACUAUGCUGAUUUCUCAGUCUUACCAUUAGCCAUCGAUAUUGACAUGUUAUGUGCCGUCAAAGUUUUGGAAGACAGAAAUCCAUCCAUUACUUUAACUAAUGCCGAUGAACGUUUUGCUCAAAGAAAAUUCGAUUUACCAUUAGACGGUUCUUAUGUUGAAAUCGACCCAUCUAUCUCUGACUGGUCCAACUAUUUCAAGUGUGGUUUAUACGUUGCUCAAGAAUUCCUAAAGGACAUUGCUCCAGAAAAGUUCGAAAAGGCUCCAUUAGCUGGUCUACAAGUCUUCUGUGAAGGUAACGUCCCAACUGGUAGUGGUUUAUCCUCAUCCGCUGCUUUCAUUUGUGCCGUUGCCCUAGCUGUCGUCAAGGCUAACAUGGGUUCAUCUUACAAGAUGACCAAGAAAGAUUUGACCCGUAUUACUGUUCCAGCUGAACAUUUAGUCGGUGUCAACAACGGUGGUAUGGAUCAAUCCGCUUCCGUUUGUGGUGAAGAAAAUAACGCCUUAUACGUUGAAUUCAAGCCAGAACUAAAGGCUACUCCAUUCAAGUUCCCAACUUUGAAGAACAGCGAUGUUGGUUUCGUUAUUGCCAACACUUUAGUCGUUUCCAACAAGGUUGAAACUGGCCCAACCAACUAUAACUUAAGAGUUGUUGAAGUUACUGCUGCUGCCAACAUCUUAGGUGCUAAAUAUGGUGUUCGUGUUGAACAUGAAGGUUCUUCAAGUUUGAACAAGGGUAACUUAAGAGACUUCAUGGAUGCUUACUACGCCAAGUACCAUAACGCCAAGAAAUGGGAUGGUGAUGUUGCUACUGGUAUUGAACGUUUAACAAAGAUGUUAGAAUUAGUCGAAGAAACUUUUGCUGCCAAGAAGGAUGGUUACAGCGUCGACGAGGCUGCUAAGGACUUGAAAUGUUCUCGUGAAGAAUUUACCAAGGACUACUUAACUACUUUCCCAGUUAGAUUCCAAGUUUUAAAGUUAUACCAAAGAGCAAAGCAUGUCUACGCUGAAUCAUUGAGAGUCUUGAAGGCUUUAACUGUUAUGACCAGUUCUAAGUUUGAAAGUGACGCAGAUUUCUUCCAACAAUUCGGUUCCUUGAUGAACCAAUCCCAAGAGUCAUGCAACAAAUUAUACGAAUGUUCUUGUCCAGAAAUCGAUCAAAUCUGUACUAUUGCUCUAGAAAAUGGUUCUUACGGUUCCCGUUUGACCGGUGCUGGUUGGGGUGGUUGUACCGUCCAUUUAGUCCCAAGUGCUAAUGUCGAAAAGGUAAAGAAAGCUUUGAUUGACCAAUACUAUAAGGUUAAGUUCCCAGAAAUCUCUGAAGAAAAAUUAAACGAAGCUCUUAUCGUCUCUAAGCCGGUCUUAGGUAGUUGCUUAUACCAAUUAUGA